UCGAAAAAAUGCCAAGUGAAAUAAUUACCUUGCAAUUGGGCCAGUGUGGAAACCAAAUUGGCUUUGAAUUUUGGAAACGUCUGUGUCUGGAACAUGGCAUUUCCCCCACCGGUAUGUUGGAAGAAUUCACCACCGAUGGCCUGGAUCGUAAGGAUGUGUUUUUCUAUCAGGCCGAUGAUAAUCAUUAUAUACCAAGGGCAGUGUUAUUGGAUUUGGAGCCACGUGUUAUUCACACCAUUAUGACCUCCACAUAUGCCAAGCUUUACAAUCCCGAAAAUGUCUAUCUCUCGAAACAUGGCGGCGGUGCUGGCAACAACUGGGCCUCUGGCUUUAGCCAAGGAGAAAAAUUGCAAGAAGAAGUCUUUGAUAUCAUAGAUCGUGAAGCUGAUGGCAGUGAUUCGCUGGAGGGGUUUGUUUUAUGUCACUCAAUAGCUGGUGGUACUGGUUCGGGAAUGGGUUCCUAUAUGUUGGAACGUCUAUCGGAUCGUUUCCCUAAAAAACUGCUACAAACCUAUAGUGUAUUUCCAAAUCAAGAUGAAAUAAGUGAUGUCGUUGUCCAACCCUACAAUUCCCUACUGACACUGAAGCGCCUGACCAAUUGUGCAGAUUGUGUUGUGGUAUUGGAUAACACCGCUUUGAAUCGUAUUGCUUCGGAUCGUCUGCAUAUUGAAAAUCCAACUUUUACACAAAUUAACACGUUGGUAUCGACAAUUAUGUCGGUUAGCACCACGACGCUACGUUAUCCUUCGUAUAUGAAUAAUAAUUUGAUUGGUUUGACGGCUCCCUUGAUACCUACACCGCAGCUGCAUUUUCUGAUGACAGGGUAUACUCCGCUGACGACAGAUAAUGAUACCAAUGUGAAUGUCCGCAAAACCACUGUCCUGGAUGUCAUGCGUCGCCUGUUGCAGCCUAAAAAUAUGAUGGUCUCCUCGGGUCCGGAUAAAACCAAUCAUCACUGUUAUAUAUCCAUAUUGAAUAUUAUACAGGGUGAAGUAGACCCCACCCAGGUGCACAAAUCCCUACAGCGUAUACGCGAACGUAAAUUGGCUCAAUUCAUACCCUGGGGUCCGGCCAGCAUUCAAGUUGCCCUCUCACGUAGUUCACCCUAUGUCCAGAGUAAUCAUAAAGUCUCUGGCCUGAUGAUGGCCAACCAUACGGGUAUAACAUCGCUAUUCAAUCGUGCUCUGGCUCAAUAUGAUAAGCUGCGUAAACGUGGAGCUUUCUUGGAUCAAUUUCGUCGUGAGGAUAUGUUUAAAGAUGAUCUCUCCGAAUUGGAUAAUUCUCGUGAUGUUAUCGACUGUUUGGCCCAGGAAUAUGAGGCGGCAACGCAAAGUAAUUAUUUACAAUGGGUUCCGAGGAAUCGUGGAGAAUAGGA